GGAGGCGGAGCUUCACACAUCAGGAUAAAGAGACUGAAAACACAGGAGGCUGAAAUUACACAUCUCCCUCUUCAAUACUUCUCCAAAUACCAAGCAAGAUGGAGAUGUUGGAUCACGUGCUCAGCGUUGCGGAAACCAUCUAUGAACUGGUCGAUCAAGCCAAGACCAAUGUAAAGAAAUGCCGCUUUCUGGAGAGGAAAAUCCGAGUCUUACUGCUGACCACUGAUACUCUUGGGACUCAAGAUGACAUGUCUGUUACCCUACAGAUCGUGGUGCAGGAACUCGAUAAGGCCCUCAAGAAUGCCAAGAGUUGGGUCUUUAAAUAUUCCAAAAUUUCCCGGAUGAAUCAAAUACUUAAAGCCAAGGGCAUCACGGAAAAAUUCGCCGAGAUCACCGACCAGCUGAAAGAUGCCGCCGAACACAUUUCUCUGUUACUGGCUAUCGAACAAAGAGACAAAUUCCAGAAAAUCUAUAACAAGAGUUCUUGGACGACGGAGAGUCAGAAGGACAUGGAGAAGGAUGGGAGGAAGCUCCUUCAGUUACUCUGCAAUCAAGAGAUCCAUAUGGUGAACAGAUUGGACAAGGUAUCAGCUGGGAUAAAAGAUAUUCAUCGUUUUAUGCACAAAAUGAGACAUCCGAAUCAGCAGCCAAGCAGGUUGAACAUCCGCAAAAUUCGGAUGACAGAGCUGAAAAGAGGAGACCUGAUGAUGGAAAGACCAACCCACCAUCUGUACCGGGGAGAGUUCUACCGCAGUCCUGUGGCCAUCAAACAAUUUAAAGGUCAAAGUGUACAAGAUGAAAAACUCACAUGGAAAAUGUUUUAUUCUGAAAGUAAAUAUUUGAAGAAAUUUCAGUAUUUGAAUGUUUUACGGCUCCACGGAGUCUGCAUCGAUAAAUCUGGCCCAGAAACCACCUACUCUCUGGUUAUGGAGUUAUGCGAGAAAGGGACACUACGAGAACUGCUACAGACAGAGCCAGACUUGCCUUGGGGACGGAGAGUUCUUAUGGCUCUAGACGUGGCCAAAGCGGUGUACAGGUUACAUCAGACUGAAGCCAAGCCCACAGUACAUGGAUGUUUGAGCAGCUCCAAGUUUUUGGUGGAUGGGACAUUCUGUGUGAAGCUCGCCAACUUUGAGCUCACCAAGAAAGAAUAUUCCAUGGGUAAACCCUCUAAUGUGGAGAGAAGAAGAAGGUUCAGAGAGCUGGAAUACGUAGCCCCCGAGACGUUGCAGGAUAUCAGCGUGUAUGACCGGUGCAGUGAAAUUUACAGCCUGGGAGUGGUGAUGUAUGAGAUCGCUACCAAAAGACAACCGUUCCAGGACAUGGAGGUGACAGAGGACAAUCUGAGGGAGAUGCAGGAGAAAUGGUGGGCCUCACUGGAUGAUGAAUUGCACUCGCUCUGCCCUCAGAAUUUCUGUGAUCUCGUUAAAUCGCUUCUUCAGAAGGAUCCUCUAGAUCGUCCAUCUGCCGGAGAAAUUGUGAGUUUGCUAAAGGGACGGAAGAGACGAGAAUCGGACACCAAGGACGGGUGGACUCGGUGGAAAACUUCUAGUACAAAUUUCACCAGUGUAGACUUCCCUGACUUUGAUCCAUCUGACUUGGGGUAUGCUAGUGGAAGCACCGACAUGGCAUAGCUGUGUAGCUGGUCACCUUGGACUUACAAAUGGAUGAUUGCUUAAUGCGAUGGAAAAUUUUCGGAGUUACAGACACAAGAAUCAGCAAAUGUCACCUCCGUACUUUCCUUGGGAUGUCAGGAAUUUGUAGAGGAACUACAAAUUUCUCUAUAAACUGAUUGAUCAUUGUGGAGAUUAAAUGUUUCCCCUCAGCACCAGAGCUAUGGAGAGUCAGUAAGCCGACCACCAUUUUGUCGCAUCAUUCUCAAGUA